GCAAUUGUCCACCUGGGUACAUAUCUGUUGGAUAUAGUUGCUAUAAACUCAAGGACAAUGAAGGCAACAGGGUUCGGAUCAUUAUUAUAGGUACUGGAACAGGUCUCGGAAUACUAUUUUUACUUGGUACAUGGUGGAUGAUUAAGAGGUGAAGGUAAUGUUGAGAAAACCAAACUCUUCUCUUCAAAGGAGUUGGAAAAGGCCACUAGCCACUUUAAUAAGAAUCAAAUACUAGGGCAAGGAGGCCAAGGUACUGUUUGCAAAUGCAUGUUAAUAGAUGGUAAGAUUGUAGCAGUUAAGAAGUCCAAAAUAGUGGAUGAAAACCAACUUGAGCAAUUUAUUAAUGAGGUGGUCAUUCUAUCACAAAUUAUCCAUAGAAAUAUAGUCAAGCUACAUGAAUGUUGUUUGGAGACUGAAGUACCUUUGCUUGUUUAUGAAUUCAUCCCUAAUGGAACCCUUUUCCAGUAUAUCCAUGACCAAAAUGGAGACUUCCCUCUUUCCUGGGACAUUCGUGUUCGGAUUGCUAUAGAAGUUGCAGGAGCUCUUUCCUAUCUACACUCAGCAGCUUCCAUGCCCAUUUAUCAUCGAGAGAUCAAGUCCACAAACAUACUGUUGGAUGAUAAAUACAGAGCAAAAGUGUCCGACUUUGGGACUUCAAGAUCAAUUGCGGUUGAUCAAACUCACCUGACCACAAAAGUACAUGGGACCAUUGGAUACUUGAACCCUAAGUACUUCCAAUCAAGUAAAUUUACAGAGAAAAGCGAUGUUUAUAGCUUUGGAGUAGUUCUUGUUGAACUCUUAACCGGACAAAAACCGGUCUAAUCAUUCAGAUCUGAAGAAUGGCGAAGUUUAGCAACAUAUUUUAUAUUGGCAAUGAAGGAGAAUCGUCUAUUUGAUAUUCUUGACGCUCAAGUUGUGAAAGAGGGUGGGAAAGAAGAGAUCAUGCAAGUUGCUAAUCUUGCAAAAAGAUGCUUGAACUUGAAUGGGAGUAAAAGGCCUACAAUGAAAGAAACUGCAAUGGAGUUGGAAGCCAUUAGAAUGUCAAAAGGAGCAUCUACUAUUCUACAAAACUAUGAAGAAGUUGAAUGUCCGGUUGCUGAACUCAAUGGUCCUUGGGAUGCUGCUUCAAAUUCAAUGGGAUCUUAUCUGGAUAGUAGUAGUGUAUCAUCAUCUUUAGAUGUCCAAUAUCUGUUGUCUAAGUAAAUAUGAUUGCUAAGGCCCUUUUUUUCUUUUCUUUUUUUCUGGUAUAUGAUAAGAAAUACUCUUACCUUCUGUUUCUUUAGAGUGUUUAUUGGUAUUGUUUUGUACCUACACUUGAAUUAAUGUUUCUUUAUAACGUUUAUUGGUAUCAUUUUGUACCUAAACCUAAAUUCUAUACAACGCUUUUGGAAUUGGUUAAGUAACGAUAUAUCUCCAGUUGUUUUAUGGUGCCAUAAUUGAGUUAUGCACAUUACAAAUAAGAAUUGAUGUUACACCAAUAUGAUACCAAUGCACCAAAUUAUACUG